AUGACUAGCGAAGCCAAACCAACGCCAAUUGCUGUAAUCGGCUUUGGAUGUCGCUUCCCAGGCGAUGUUACGAGUAGCGAGAAGCUAUGGGAGAUGCUAGUUGAGAAGAAGUCUGCACGCAGUGAAGCGCCUUCAGACCGCUUCAAUAUCGAUGCUUUUUAUCACCCUGAUGCGGACCGUUACGGGACGUCAAACAAUCGCGGCGGUCACUUCCUCACAGAAGAUGUAUCCUUAUUCGAUGCGCCAUUCUUCUCGAUUUCGCCGGCAGAAGCCAUGGCCAUGGAUCCCAUGCAGAGGCUUCUGCUGGAAGUAACAUACGAAGCGCUCGAAAACGCAGGAACACCAUUAUCGAAAGUCUCGGGUUCCAAAACAUCAUGUUUUGUUGGAUGCUUCACCAAAGAUUACGAGGAGAUGCAACGGCGAGACAUGGAACUGGCUCCCAAAUACCAGUCAACAGGCGCCUCACAAACCAUGUUGUCGAAUCGUUUGAGCUAUUUCUUCGAUCUCAAAGGACCCAGCGUGACGUUGGACACGGCCUGUAGCAGUGGUCUUGUUGCUGUGCACUUGGCCUGCCAAAGUCUACGGGCCGGCGAGAGCUCAAUGGCGGUUGUUGGAGGCAGUAAUCUCAUCCUAAGUCCUGAUAUCCAGAUUGAGAUGAGCGACAUGCAUUUUCUGGGCGCGGAUUCCAUAUCGUAUGCCUUCGAUGAGCGUGCGAAUGGCUAUGCGCGAGGCGAAGGUGUCGGGACCGUUAUACUCAAGCCAUUAGAUCUUGCGCUACGCGACAACGACCCAAUCCGAGCUGUUAUCCGCGGAACAGCAGCAAGCUCAGACGGACGAACACCAGGCAUCACGAUGCCUUCGAAAGACGCACAGAUCGAGCUCAUACAGUCCGCGUACCGAGCAGCGGGCUGCGACGUGAGCGAGACAGGAUACUUCGAAGCGCAUGGGACGGGCACUGCGGCAGGCGACCCAAUCGAAACUGGCGCCAUCGGCAAGGUGUUUGCUGCACGGCGGCCCCUUGCAGCGAAUGGUGAGCCGAUACCCCUUGCCAUUGGAUCGGUAAAGACGAACAUGGGCCACCUGGAGGGCGCGAGCGGUAUUGCUGGAUUGAUCAAGGCUGUCAUCAGUGUGGAGAAGGGCACCAUCUUCCCAAACAUCUGGUUCCAGCGGGGCAAUCCAGCCAUUGACUUCGAAGCAUGGCGCCUGCAAGUUCCCACAGAGACAAAAGAUUGGCCUUUGGAGGGACUACGACGGGCAAGUGUGAACUCCUUUGGAUAUGGAGGCACAAAUGCACAUGUCAUCGUGGACGAUGCGUCUCACUAUCUCCAACGAUAUCAUCCCUCUCGUGGUCACACGAGGAACGACUCUGGUUUUGUUAGCCCUACUAGCGACACUUCGUUUAGCGCCGCUUCAAGGUCAAGGGUCUUUCUACUCUCUGCCAACGAUGAGCGCGGGCUAGCUCAAAUGGGCCAGACACUUGCAGAUCAUCUCCAAACACAAACCGUCUUCAACGAGGAAGAGCUGCUAGACAAUCUCGCAUACACACUAUCCGAACGCCGCUCGCGCUUCCCUUAUAGUGCUACAGUUGUCGCAAGCGAAAAGUCGCAUCUUGAAACCCAACUAGGAAAGCUUGUCUCAGUUUCCAGCACACGCACGACACCACCACGACUGGGCUUUAUAUUUACAGGUCAAGGAGCUCAAUGGUGGGGAAUGGGCCGUGAACUGCUUCACUACCCGGUGUUCAAGACCAGUCUAGCUAGAAGCGAUGCAAUCAUCAAGAGCCUCGGUUCUGACUGGUCUCUCAUGGAAGAGCUUCUCAAGGAUAAAGCUACGUCAAGAGUGAAUGAAGCAACAUUCAGCCAACCGCUCUGCACAGCACUUCAAAUCGCUCUCGUGGAUCUUCUCUCUUCAUGGAAUAUACAUCCUCAGAGCGUCGUCGGCCACUCUAGUGGCGAAAUUGCGGCAGCUUAUGCUGCUGGCGCCUUAAGUACCAAGUCGGCAAUCUGCGUUGCAUACUUUCGCGGGUUGCUAUCACCAAAGGUGAAGAGCCUUGGGUUUUAUGGGCGUAUGAUGGCUGUUGGACUUUCCGAAGCCGAAGCCAACAACGAGAUUGCCGAGCUGGGUGACAAACUGGGCAAGGUCCUGGUCGCAUGCGUGAACAGUCCUCGUGGCGUAACGAUUUCUGGCGAUACCCCCGCCAUGGAAGAACUAUAUAAGGCAGUUGUCGCUAAGGGUGUUUUCGCAAGGACGCUUCAAGUAGACACUGCAUAUCACUCUCAUCAUAUGCAGGCAAUCGCUGAAGACUACCUUGCUCGACUCGAGGAGGCUCAAGUUGUGGUGCUAGACGGCGAGCAACGCGUAACAAUGAUCUCUUCUGUGGGAGAAGAAGUCAUCGAUCGGGAGCAAUUGGGCGCGGAAUACUGGGUAUCAAAUCUCGUUAGCUGUGUACGCUUCUCUGGCGCUUUAAAGAAGCUAUGCCUGUUAAAGUCAGAAGAAGGCGAUCAAGGCGUUGACAUUUUGCUCGAAGUCGGACCACACGCUUUGUUCAAACUUCCUGUUCGAGAGAUACUCGAAGACACAUUUGCAGGGAAGUCGAACAUCCAGUACCUCUCCACACUUAUUCGCAACAAGCCCGCCGACACCACUGCACUCGAAGUGGCAGGCCAGUUGUUCGCCAGGAAACUUCCAGUCAAUCUCCAUGCUGCCAACUUCCCGACUGAGCCAAAACAAGCUGUUUCAGUUCUCACCGACCUCCCUCAAUACCCCUGGAACCAUACACGCAGCUAUUGGUGUGAGUCUCGACUUAGUCGAGACUAUCGUUUCCGCCAAUUUGCUAGAACCGAUAUUCUUGGUGCACCAGUGUGGGACUGGAAUCCGCUAGAACCUCGGUUUAGGAACUAUUUACGUCUACGUGAACAGCCGUGGCUAAAAGACCACGUUGUUCAAGGGGAUGUACUAUUUCCAGCUUGUGGCUAUCUCUGUAUGGCGAUUGAAGCGUGUCGACAAUUGUCCGUUAUUGAACCCUCAUCGAUAUUACCUCAGGGGUCAAAGGACACAUUGGAGUAUCGGCUACGAGAAGUCAGCAUCUCGCGAGCCCUUGUUGUCCCAGAGUCUGAUGAAGGUAUAGAAACUUUGUUCUCUAUGCGUUGUCAGUCAAGUAGCGGUACAUCAUCGCUAGACGCCUGGCACGAGUUCCGCGUUUUCUCCUACACCGUUGAUGGCGGUUGGGUCGAGAAUUGCAGUGGUUCUGUUUCCGUGUCAAGUCAGCCGACCGUGGAUGAAGAGUUGUCGAAUGAAUGUCUCGACGAAUGGACAAAUGCGCACACAUCAACGGCAGAGAAAAUCGACGUGGAGAGAUUCUAUGAAAGUGUCGACGCCCUCGGACUCACAUACGGACCGUUAUUCCAAGGACUCAAGGAGAUUUACUUGGAUCCAAACGUCUCGGACCAAGUGACGGGAGUUGUCGAAGUGACAAACACGCGGCUCAGCAACCCCAAAGAGUUUGAGCAUGAACGACUGUUACAUCCUGCUACUCUUGAUAAUUUCUUGCAGCUUGCACUUGCAGCUCUUGGCGGCGCCGGACUUCGAAACCUCAAGGGUGCGAUGGUGCCCACCUUCGUAGAGGAGAUCUCCAUCUCAGCGAACAUCGCAGCUCAGUCGGGAGAUAAGCUUAACAUUGUUGUCAGUGCCGAGAGACACGGAUCAAGGGAAGCGAGAGCAAACAUCUUUGCCCUGGAUCCGAUUACUGCAAAACCAGUAGUACUCAUGGACGGCUUCAAGUUUGUCGCUAUCAACAGUGGCAGUGAGUCCAGCGAGCUCCAGACGAUAACGAAGCACUGCUUCAAACCGGUGUGGGAACCUGAUGUGGAACUCAUUGACCGUCAAAGCUUGGAUCGAGAAUUGCAGGCCGCGCCGCGGCCAGAUGAUCGCCCGAAGACUGUCAGGGAGUUGGAGUUAGUAUCCUACUAUUUCAUCGAUCGGGUUUUGCAAGAAGUGAAAGAAGAGGAGGUAGCUACAAUGCUGCCACAUCACCAGAGAUUCUACCGCAACUUGUGCCAGCUCCGAGAUUCAGUGUUAGGAAGAACACAUCCACAGCAGACGGAUGAGUGGCAGCAACUCCAGACCACCGAAGUAGCCGCGAGACUCCAAUCCCUAGUCGAGCACUAUCGAAAUCACGAAACAGCAUACGAUGGCAAAUUGCUGGUACGAGUAGGUGAAGCCUUGUCUUCAGUGUUCAGGCAAGAAGUUGAACCACUCGCCUUGAUGACACACGAGAACCUGCUCGAGGAUUACUACACGACUGCAGUCGGCAUGCCGAACACAUACGCGCAAAUUUCCCGAUACGUCACCAUGCUCUCACACAAGUACCCUAAUCUCGACUAUCUCGAGAUCGGUGCUGGAACUGGCGGUGCAACAGUCCCAACCUUGAAAGGGCUGAGUGGAUGUGAAGACCUUCACACGUAUCCACGUCUCAAGUCGUACACUUACACGGACAUCUCAUCUUACUUCUUCCAGCGCGCUGCGGAGAAAUUCGAAACUUUCAAUCAGUUUAUGAAGUUCAAGAAGUUGGAUGUUGAGCAAGACCCCUCCACUCAAGACUUCAAGCCUGCGUCCUACGAUGUCAUAGUCGCAGCUAAUGUACUGCACGCAACCUCUGACAUGCACCGCACUAUGGCUCAUGUGCGAAGUUUGCUGCGACCAGGAGGGAAGUUGAUUCUGCUUGAGAUGACGAACCGCCUCCUUGCUGCUUCCGUCAUUUUUGGCACCCUGCCAGGCUGGUGGAAUGCGUCGGAAGAGUGGCGAACGGAGGGCCCACUACUCACUGAGGCACAAUGGCAAGAUGUUCUUCACACGACUGGCUUCAGCGAUCUCAAGGCGAGCAGUCCGGAUGUAUUGAACCCCCUGGAGGAGGGCACGAGGCUUAUGAUCGCGACAGCAGUCGAAGCAAAGCCGAUCCUGCGUAAUGGCCUAUACACACCACCAGAAAUCUCUCGUAUCCUCCUUCUAUCCUCAGACUCCCCGAUCAAGAUGAACACGCUAGACAUACCGCUAGCUAUCAAGACUAGACUGGAGAACGCGGGGUUACAGGUGCAAAUCUUGCCUCUAUCCAUGCUCGAACAAGAAGACGUCACAGGUGCAGUCUGCAUCAGCCUUGCAGAGCUUGAUGAGCCUCUACUGGCCAGUCCUUCUCCAAGUGAUCUGAAGUCUCUACAACGUAUCGCUGAUACAUCUGCGGGACUGAUCUGGGUAACACGCGGCGCAGCAUCUUCCCAGGUCCAGCGGCCCGACCUUGCCGUCUUCCAGGGUCUUGCGCGUACUCUAAGAUCAGAGCACGAAGACUUCCCGUGCAUCACUGUCGACUUGAAUGCAGAGCAAAAGUUGACGUCCCAUGGAGUUGCUGACCUACUGUUCCGCGUGUACACGCAGAGUAUCGGUCCCAACAGAAACCCUGGAGUUGCUGACAGCGAUUUGAUCGAGCAAGACGGCAUAAUACACAUCAAGCGUGCGAUCGAGGAUGAUCGGUCUAACCUGUUCCUGACGGCUCGCACGGAUCCGGAUGCACUGCCGCCACAGCUAGAAGAGAUUGCGCAAGAGAACCGCCCACUGAGGCUCGAACUAUCGGACUCUGGAAUCAAGGGUCCUUUUGUGUUUGAAGAUGAUUUGAAUACUCCUCAACUCUUGCAGCCCGAUGAAGUAGAGAUCGAGAUCCAAGCCACAAAUCUCAAUUCAAGAGACAUUCAAAUCAUCAACGGCGACCUUUCAGAUGAACAACUGGGCCAAGAAUGCGCAGGUGUUGUAAAACAUACUGGUAGCAGUGUCAGUCACCUCUCUGUUGGUGACCGAGUUGUCGCCUGGUGUACUGGUACGUUCGCUACACAUGUACAUACCACGGCAGCGUUUGUGCACAAAAUCCCCGACACCAUCAGUUUUGAGACUGCCGCUACUUUGCCAUUGGCAUUUAUCACGGCAUACUACGCUUUAGUACGUGUAGCUCAUGUGGCGGCUGGGGAAACAGUAUUUAUCCAUGAUGCGGCGAACAGUGUGGGCCAAGCUGCUAUACAGAUUGCCGUAAAGCUUGGAGCAAAGGUCUUCCUGACUGUCAGGUCGGCAGAGGAGAAGGCUCAUCUUUCAGAAGUCUACAGUAUCGAUCCUAGCCGCAUAUUCUCCAGUCAAGACAUCAGGUUCGUCGCAGCACUUCGCCGACUCACCAAGGGCCGCGGUGUAGAUGUUGUGCUCAAUACUCUGUCUGGAGAAGUACUACAGGCUACGUUCAGUUGCAUCGCCCCAUUCGGCAGGUUCAUUGAGCUUGGGAAAAGCAAUGCGCGGGCUAAUGAACGGCUGGAGAUGGCUCCGUUCAAGCGUAAUGUAUCAUUCUCCUCGGUCGAUGUGGCCUUUCUACAGUCGCAGAAUAGGAAGUUAGCUGGAAGAGUAUUCCAAGAAGCGAUGGAUUUCCUGAUGGGGAUAGACUUGCAGUCUCUGUCGCAGGUAGAGGCUAAGCCUUGGUCAGAACUGCGUCAAGCGAUUGAGAAGGUUCAGGAUGGAGGCAGCAUAGUCAUGGUCCCGAGCGCCGGCGACCGUGUCCUGGUCACCCAGAAACCACCGGAGCAAGUACAUUUUGAAUCAGAUGCGACCUACCUCCUUGCCGGUGGCCUCGGCGGUCUAGGACGCAGCAUAUCCCACUGGUUAACCACCCACGGCGCCAGGAAUUUGAUAUUCGUUUCCCGCUCUGGCGCUUCUUCUUCUGAAGCAUCCUCUUUCAUCGCGGAUCUCGAAGGCCGAGGCAUUCGCACCGCAGUCCUCCAAUGCGACAUUUCCAACGCCCUCGCCCUCUCGACAGCCCUCUCAUCAACGCUUGCCAGCUUUCCCCCAAUUCGUGGCGUAAUCCAAGGCGCAAUGACACUAAACGACUCCCUAUUCAGUAACAUGACCCACGCACAAUGGACUUCCACGAUCCUUCCCAAGAUCCACGGCUCGAAAAACCUCCACGAAGCCACAUUGUCCCAACCACUGGAUUUCUUCAUCCUGCUUUCUUCCCUCCAUUCCUUCAUCGGCAACCCGGGCCAAGCAAACUACGCCGCUGGAUGUGCCUAUCAAGUAGCACUAGCCAAGUACAGGAACGGUCUCGGCUUACCCGCGACAGCCAUCGAUCUAGGAAUCGUAGGAGACGUGGGCUACGUCGUGGAACAAGCUGCGAAGAAGGAAAAAGUGCGCGUCCAAGAGUUCAAGCACAUCAACGAGACCGAACUCCUCGCAUUGAUCGAGUUAGCAAUUCGCGAGCCAAAGACAGGCCACAUUGUCACUGGCCUAGAUUCAGACCUCGACAUGGCGCAGAACCAGGAAGAUGACGGCGGUCCCUUCUUCGCUAGAGACCCAGUGUUCAGUCAUCUGGAUUACUUGCGUCCGCAUCUGCGCACAGAGACGGCUGCGCAGAAUACCUCCGACGGCGCGGUGUCGUCUACGCUCUCGUUGGCCGCUCAGCUCGCUUCUACUACGUCCUCGGAUCAGGCGAAGGAGUAUAUUCUCACUGCGCUGCUCAAGAAGCUGUCUCGUAGCUUGAUGAUGGAUCCUUCUGAGCUUGACCCUGCGCGGGCUAUGAGCGCGUAUGGGACAGACUCGCUGGUCGCGGUCGAGAUGAAGAAUUGGAUUCAGAGAGAGACGAAGGUGGGUGUGAGUGUGUUUGAGAUUUUGCAGGCGAGUAGUAUUGGGCAUUUGGUGGAGAGGAUCGUUGAGCGCGUUGGUGGCAAGGGGGAGAAGGAGUAG